CUUUCAAAGCCUUUCUAUCUACUAACCAACUCGGCCACAGCUUUACUUGUUUGAUGCGCCGCCAACUUGGGGGUUUCACCUUCGCCACCUAUUCCAACGAGGAGCUUCGGGCCGUCUUGUUCCCUGCUUCCUUGGGUUAUUCCAGGCUCCGUCUAUUGGCCCCUGGGUUGCUAUACUCUUGAUGGUUCUAACUUGAAGUCAUUAUUGACCUAUCGUUUCAAAUGGUCGGGCGGCAAUCUGUUAUCAAAGCAGCAUUACAUCUAUCCGUUGUAUUGUUUCGUUCUCAGGAUAAAGAUUCUGUAUGAUGGGAUGAACUCAUUUCCCAUCCACCCCCAUUUUCUCGAUUGGAGAUUUUGUUCUGUCAGCAGCACAAAGGAAAGCCGCAUCCAUAUACAAGAUGCAUCAGAACAGGAUAUUAAUCGCCGCGCUUGCUGCUGGCGUCCCGUCAUUGGUUAACGGACAAGAAUCAGGAUGGGUCGAGGGUCAGAAGAGCGCUACGAUGUGUGCGUGGAAGGGACUACGGGCGGCACAGAUAAACGACACAGUUUACAUAGACGGUGGUAACCUUUACUGGGUGCCAGAGCUCGCAAAUGGCGACUUCGGUCCGGCAUUGCCAGAUGGUAACCCGCUCGGACUCAUAUAUACGCUGAAUUUCAGCAUUCCAUUCAACACCAGCACCAACAUUAGCAGCAUCUUAGGGAACAUAUCCAAGGCCCCAGGUGGUGGUGCAGCCAACAACUUCGGUCCAAACUAUUAUGAUGGCGCAAUGCUUGCUAAUAACCUCGAGUUCUUCCUUUACGGAGGAUUACUGAGACAAACUAGCGCGUACGAGCUUCCUGAAGCAGAUGACACGCUCGCCUAUAUAGUGCAUGAUGGGUUGGAUAGAGAGGGUUGGCACCCAGGAUUCCUGAACAAAAAGCUCCCAGAAAACAUGACUCGAUAUGUCACGUACGGCGGUGCUGCGAAUGCUCCGUCCGAAAACAAGGCAUGGUAUUUCGGAGGAUCUCGAGCGCAAUCUUGGGGGCCAAUCUACCAGCCAGGCUAUAAUGACACCACAAACCCUCUCAAUGCUUCUAACACUCUUAUAACUCUCGACUUCAACGUACAGCAAUCGGAAAUUUGGACGAACACUACUCUCCCUCCCGGAACAGAAAGCCGAGCAAAUCCUUCGGUAGUUUGGGUACCUGUGGGAGAACAGGGAAUUCUGGUUGUUCUAGGAGGUGUUCUUUACCCUAGCUACAGCACUGGGAAUCCGAAAUCAUUGAAUGAAGCUCAAAGUGAAAAAGAUAGCCCGCGCUAUAUGACCAACAUUGAUAUCUACGAUGUCGCCGGGAAGAAAUGGUAUCAGCAGCCCACUACUGGGGCACCGCCUGCAUUGGCUAUGGGCUGUGCGGUGACUGCGACGGCUCAGGACCAAUCGAGUUAUAAUAUUUACUACUACGGAGGAUAUGACGGAAUCCACGAAAAGGAAAACUUCAAUGAUGACGUAUGGAUCUUGUCGUUGCCAUCCUUCAUAUGGACAAAAAUACCGGGCACAGCAGGCCACGCUCGUGCUGGCCACCAAUGCUUGACGCCAUAUCCAGAUCAAAUGGUGAGUAUAGGAGGAUCUCGGUCUCUGCAAGGGGCUUCCAUAAAGUGUCUUGAUAGCAGCAUCGUUGAAGUUUUCAACCUCACCGAGGGAAGAUGGCUUAGUUCAUAUGAUCCGAGUCGCUGGAGCCCGUAUGGCGUGCCUGAGGUGGUCCAUUCUAAGAUUGGUGGUGACUAUACUGGCGGUGCUACUAUAAAAACUCCAACUCCAAGCGGCUGGGCCGCCUCAGGACUCGCGGAUAUUUUUGCCACGACAUAUCCGGCCUCUAAAUUAACGACCUACUAUCCUUAUAGUUCCCAGAGCUCGGGAAACGAAACAAGAGGACCAUGGAACGAACCCAAAAAGGGAGGCGGCACACCAUCUUGGGUAGCGCCCGUCCUAGGUGUGGUUCUCGGUCUCGUCUUCAUCACGGCUAUCGUUGUGGGUAUUCUACUAUAUCGACGGCGGAGCUUAUUGUCGAAGAGGAACAAUCGAAGCGAAACCCCAGCAGGCGAUGACUAUGGCCAUCGCCAUUAUAUUAGGGUAUGGCUAAAUAAUACCCAAGAGAAGGCCCAGACCGUCACAACAGAAGACCCGUCCACCCGCUUCGACUUCACGGACAGCCGAAAUGAAACGCCGAUGCGCUCAGUAGGCUUCACCUCCCCAUCUCCCAUUCCUGAGAUGACGCAGCACGUCGAAAUGCCGGGAGAUCAUCAACAACUGCCAUAUGAGCUGGGUGAUACCAGCAGCCCCCGUGUUGCAGAGCUCAGCGGAGGAUCGCCGCGUUCAGCUCUCAAAGCAUCCUCAUUCUUCACGGGCUCGACCCCGCAAGAGCAGCCAAGUAGUCUCAGCUCGUCACAAGCUGCCCUGCCCCCGCCUUCAGUAGCCGAAACGUUAGGCCGCGAACGACCGGACUCGCCUCCACUAGGAAACAUGCGUAGAACACCGCCACCAAACCGCCACGCAGUGGUCAGCGAUCUGAGCGGCAUAAACGAGCAAGCUAUAUCACAUCUGCGCAAUCUGAGCGGCGGGACGGUAAGCUCGACAGCGCCCAGCAUGGCCUCGACACCGCCCGCCGUGCAGACUGGCUUCAACGGGCCGGUGAGCCCUCCGUUGCCGAGCCCACCCAGCGCGCUUGAUGACCACGAUGCUGGGGAUUACAUAACUGCGCAUCAUCACGCUCGGUACCCGCCCGGUCCCGGCCGGAUGCCGGGGACAAACAGCGCGUCAAGAUUGAGCAUGUUCCACGAGGACGCGGAAGAUCUCGGCGACUCGUCGACACGUGCAGGGCACAAUACGCGGUGACAGGCCCGCGCGGGCUGGCCACGUUGUGGAAAACGGGGAAGGGGGUAUAAAGAUACAAACGGCGCGCUCAUUUAGGCAUGUUUUUCAGCUAUAGUGGUAAUGGCGAUGGCGAUGAUGAUGACUCCGAUGACUUCGAUGACUCCCUUUCUCUCGUUCAAGACAUCCAUUCAUCGACUGCGCACCACGGCAUAUCAGUAUUGUACGGGAGUUAAGUCAAUGGGAGACCGAAAUAAAGGUAAUAGGGUAUAUUGGGGUUCUGUAUCCGGAACGAGGUUUCAACUGGGAAUUAUAUGGGAUACAUCUGGCCUUUUCUUAGCAUGCCCACUGGUCUUACUUCGUAUAUAUAGGUAUUAUUUUCAUGUUCCCUGUUUGGUGGUUGGAUUCUGUGACUGCCUAUACGUAAAUACCUAACCAGACUCUGCAAGUGAUGACUUGAUCCCAAAACUUGGACUAGGUAGUAUAUCACUCUACCUACCUAGAUAGGUAUGUGGAAAUACCACAGCGUAGUUGUACUACUACUAUUUAGUUUCUUCUUUUCAGAAUCAUGUAUCUAUCUUGUUGCAAACCCGCGCCUUUCACUCUACAAUUAAUUGUUGGUACC